AUGGCUCUGAAUGUGUCAUUUCUCUUCAGCUUCAAUUCCAAUCAGCGGUGGUACAGAACAAUGGACAAUUUGUCGCUGGCCGCAAAUCCAAACCAAACCACCAACCCUAUCGGACGCGGCCGAAACCACAACACAAAUGGACAUCCCAUCGGCUCGCUAAUUAGUAAAUGGACGCUACAAGGCAACAUUACCUGCUACAACGGGAGGGGAGAAGGGGGGGGCAGUUACAUGGUGUCGUGCCUACACUAA